GGGAGAGAGAGAGAAACAGAAAGAAACAUCCAUGUGACAGAGAAGCAUUGGUUGGUUGCCUCCCUUAUGUGCCCUGAUCGUGGACUGAACCUGCAGUCUAGUUCUUUUGCCAUGAAAAUGGUGUGGACAGUCUUGAACAUGCACUAUUCAUGCUGAUGGGACAAGAUCCAAUAUGAAUAUAAAUGAUGGAGGAAGACGACGCUUUGAGGAUAAUGAACAUACAUUACAUAUAUAUCCUGGGACAAUCUCAGAAGGGACAAUCUACUGUCCAAUUCCUGCGAGAAAAAAUUCCACAGCUGCUGAGGUGAUUGACUCUCUUAUAAACAGACUUCAUCUUGACAAAACAAAAUGUUAUGUUCUAGCAGAGGUAAAAGAAUUUGGUGGAGAAGAAUGGAUACUCAAUCCAACAGACUGUCCAGUUCAACGAAUGAUGUUGUGGCCCCGAAUGGCUCUGGAAAAUCGCCUAAGUGGAGAGGACUACCGCUUUCUUCUGAGAGAAAAAAACCUUGAUGGAUCAAUCCAUUAUGGUAGUCUUCAGUCAUGGCUACGGGUAACAGAAGAACGUCGCAGGAUGAUGGAAAGGGGUUUUCUUCCACAGCCUCAACAGAAAGACUUUGAUGAUUUAUGUAGCUUACCUGAUUUGAAUGAGAAAACUCUCUUAGAAAACCUACGAAAUCGCUUUAAGCAUGAAAAAAUUUAUACCUAUGUUGGCAGUAUUCUAAUAGUUAUUAACCCAUUCAAGUUUCUUCCUAUUUAUAACCCCAAAUAUGUCAAAAUGUAUGAUAACCACCAGUUAGGAAAGCUUGAGCCUCACAUUUAUGCUGUGGCUGAUGUAGCUUAUCAUACCAUGCUUCAGCGAAAAAAGAAUCAGUGCAUUGUGAUUUCAGGAGAGAGUGGUUCCGGCAAGACUCAAAGCACAAACUUUCUUAUUCACCACCUUACUGCUCUCAGUCAGAAAGGAUUUGCCAGUGGAGUGGAACAAAUUAUUCUUGGAGCUGGACCAGUACUUGAGGCUUUUGGAAAUGCAAAGACAGCUCAUAAUAACAAUUCAAGUCGUUUUGGCAAGUUUAUUCAAGUAAAUUAUCAAGAAACAGGCACUGUACUUGGUGCCUAUGUUGAAAAAUAUCUACUGGAGAAGUCGAGACUUGUUUAUCAAGAGCAUAAUGAACGGAACUAUCAUGUAUUCUAUUACCUUCUGGCAGGAGCAAGUGAAGAAGAGAGAUUAGCAUUCCAUCUUAAACAGCCAGAAGAAUAUCAUUACCUUAAUCAGAUAACAAAGAAACCUCUCAGACAGAGCUGGGAUGAUUAUUGCUAUGACUCUGAGCCGGAUUGCUUUACCACAGAGGGCGAAGAUUUGAGACAUGACUUUGAACGUUUACAACUGGCCAUGGAAAUGGUAGGAUUUCUUCCCAAGACACGAAGACAGAUUUUCUCUCUUCUCUCAGCAAUACUACAUUUGGGUAAUAUUCGUUAUAAAAAGAAGACAUCGGAUGACUCCAUAGAUAUCUGUAAUCCUGAAGUUCUGCCUGUUGUCUCAGAAUUGUUAGAAGUUAAAGAAGAGAUGCUAUUUGAAGCAUUAGUUACAAGGAAGACUGUGACAGUGGGAGAGAAGCUUAUUUUACCAUACAAGCUGGCAGAGGCUGUGACAGUGAGGAACUCCAUGGCUAAGUCUUUAUAUAGCGCCCUAUUUGACUGGAUAGUUUUUCGGAUUAAUCACGCACUUCUGAAUAGUAAAGAUUUGGAGCAAAAUACCAAGACUUUGUCUAUUGGUGUUCUUGAUAUUUUUGGGUUUGAAGAUUAUGAAAAUAACAGCUUUGAACAGUUCUGUAUUAAUUUUGCUAAUGAACGUUUACAGCACUACUUUAAUCAACACAUCUUUAAAUUGGAGCAAGAAGAAUAUAGAGCUGAAGGUAUCAGCUGGCACAAUAUAGAUUAUAUUGAUAAUACCUGUUGUAUAAAUCUUAUUAGCAAGAAACCGACGGGACUCCUCCAUCUUUUAGAUGAAGAAAGCAACUUUCCACAGGCUACAAAUCAAACAUUGCUAGACAAAUUUAAGCAUCAACAUGAAGAGAAUUCUUACAUUGAAUUUCCAGCUGUGAUGGAACCUGCUUUCACCAUAAAGCAUUAUGCCGGGAAAGUAAAAUAUGGAGUAAAGGAUUUUCGGGAAAAAAAUACAGAUCAUAUGCGCCCUGACAUUGUAGCUCUCCUGAGAAGUAGCAAGAAUGCAUUUAUCUCUGGGAUGAUUGGAAUUGAUCCUGUAGCUGUAUUCCGAUGGGCGGUUCUCCGAGCUUUUUUCAGAGCCAUGGUUGCUUUCAGAGAAGCUGGGAAAAGACAUAUUCAGAGCAAAACUGGACAUGAUGAUACAGCGCCAUGUGCAAUUUUGAAAAGUAUGGAUAGUUUUAGCUUUCUCCAACAUCCAGUCCACCAGAGGAGCUUAGAGAUUCUGCAGAGGUGCAAGGAAGAGAAGUACAGUAUAACCCGGAAAACCCCCAGAACACCUCUUUCUGACCUCCAGGGCAUGAAUACCUUAAAUGACAAAAACCAGCAUGAUAUAUUUGAUAAUGCCUGGAAUGGCAGAACUGGGAUUCGCCAGACCAGACUAUCAAGUAGCACCUCCUUGCUUGACAAAGAUGGGAUAUUCGCUAAUUCAGCUAGCAGCAAACUCUUGGAAAGCCAUGGAAUUCUCACGAGAAACAAAAACUUCAAAUUCAAGCCUGGCCUUCCAAAGCACUUGCUAGAGGUAAAUUCUUUAAAGCACCUGACAAGACUGACCCUGCAGGAUCGAAUUACCAAGUCCCUUCUUCAUUUGCACAAGAAGAAGAAACCUCCCAGCAUCAGUGCUCAGUUUCAGGCCUCAUUAAACAAGCUGAUGGAGACACUUGGUCAAGCAGAACCAUAUUUUGUAAAAUGCAUUCGCUCUAACGCAGAAAAGCUGCCAUUAAGGUUCAAUGAUGCCUUGGUACUUAGACAGCUUCGAUAUACUGGGAUGCUGGAGACAGUUCGAAUUCGCCAGUCAGGAUAUAGCUGUAAAUACUCCUUCCAGGAUUUUGUGAGCCACUUCCAUGUUCUUCUUCCUCGAAAUAUUAUUCCAUCCAAAUUUAACAUUCAGGAUUUCUUCAGGAAAACAAAUAUUAAUCCAGACAAUUAUCAAGUUGGAAAAUCCAUGGUGUUCCUGAAGGAGCAGGAACGACAGCACCUACAAGAUCUGCUUCACCAAGAGGUGCUGCACAGAAUCAUACUGUUGCAACGAUGGUUUAGGGUCUUGCUCUGCAGGCAGCAUUUCCUCCAGCUGAAACAAGCAUCAGUUAUCAUCCAGCGAUUCUGGAGAAAUUACCUAAAUCAGAAGCAAGUCAUCAGAGAUGCAGCUGUGCAAAAAGAUGCUUUAGUUAUAGCUAAUGCAGCUACUCUCCUCCAAGCUUCUUGGCGUGCUCACUUAGAGAGGCAGCGAUAUUUGGAGCUCCGGACAGCAGUCAUCAUCAUCCAGCAGAGAUGGAGGGAGCACUACAGGCGGAAGCAAAGAGCUGCUAUUUGUAUACAGGCACAAUGGAAAGGCUAUAGGGAAAGUAAGAGGUAUCACGAGCAAAGGAACAAAAUUAUCCAUUUGCAGUCAAUAUGUAGAGGAUUCAGAGCAAGACAGAGAUUUAAAGCUUUAAAAGAACAAAGACUAAAAGAAACAAAAAUAGAUCUUGGAUUGAUAAAUAUUGAGCCAUAUGGUUCUGUGAAAAUUCAUGGUUCAGACCCUUCAGAAUGGGAGGAUUGUUCCUUUGACAACAGAGUAAAAGCCAUAGAAGAAUGUAAAUCUGUGACAGAGAGCAAUGAAAAUAAUUCAGUGGAUUGUUGGAAGGAGUCCCCAAACAAGCGACAGGAGAGAGCCAGAAGCCAAAGUGGUGUGGACUUGCAGGAAGAUGUAAUUGUAAGAGAGAGACCCAAGUCUUUGGAGGAUCUCCACCAGAAAAAAGUAGGACGUGCCAAAAGAGAAAGUCGGAGAAUGAGAGAACUAGAACAAGCUAUAUUUAGCUUAGAAUUGCUGAAAGUCCGUUCUCUUGGUGGUGUGUCUCCUUCAGAAGAACGCAGAUGGUCUACAGAAUUGAUGCCCGAGGGUCUUCAGUCCCUUCAGGGUACACCUGAUAGUGAAAGCUCUCAAGGAAGCUUGGAACUUCUGAGCUGUGAGGAAAGCCAAAAGUGCAAACUAGAGUCCGUAAUUUUAGAUGAAGGAGACUUGCAGUUUCUAUCACCUGAGAUAUCUGCUAGUAAAAAAUUUGAUUCACAGGACAAUGCCCUCAGUGCAUCAAGUGAGACUAAUUGUACAUUGAUUCAAAAGGGCGCACCCUCUGAAUCAGUGCAUUUGAAGAAUGCUAUGAAGGAAAAACUGGUUUGCAGUUCUGAAUCUAUUACCUAUAAGCCACCCCUGAGAGACCCCUUUAUUUCCAGUAGUCUGCCUACAUUUUUUUAUAUUCCUCAACAAGACCCACUGAAAACAAGUUCCCAACUAGACACAAGUAUCCAGAGAAACAAACUAAUAGAAAGUGAAGAAACACUUCCAGUUCUUACUUCAGAUAUCAACAGGGAAGCCAGAAAGUAUCACUUCUCAGGAGAAAAUCAAGUUGUUGCUUCUUGGAAUAUAGAUUCUUCUAAUACUGUGCUUAAAAAGUUGGAAAAGCUCAACACUGAGAAGGAAAAAAGGCAAAAGCAAUUGCAGCAACAGAAUGAAAAAGAGAUGAUGGAACAGAUUCGCCAGCAAACAGAUAUUUUAGAGAGGGAGCGGAAAGCUUUCAAGACAAUUGAAAAACCAAGAAUUGGGGAGUCUUUCCCGGUAUCAUAUUCCCAUCAAUCAAAGCAAAGAGUAGAAAGGCCAUCCUCUCUCCUCAUCCUGAAUACCCCAAAUAAGGAAGAACUCGAUGUACAAGGGCCUCCAUCAAUAACUGUAAAAGAUGCAGCUCUUGCCCCAAAAGACAGUUCCUCUUCUCACUUACCCAUGCACGAUCAAACCGCCUUCCUGUGCUUUGAAAGAAAAGGAGGCCCGUGUCAAUCUGGUACUGUCGAUGAAUUGUCCAAGACAGACAGAAGGUGCACCCAACUGAAUGUAGCCUGUAACCUCUCUAAUAAUCGCGUUUCAAAAAAAGGACAGUUUAGGCCAACUCAGGCAUAUUAUGGCCACAAAUCUAAUGACCCUCCCAGAGAUGGAACUACUAGGGCCAUUUUCUACACACCAAAGGAAAAUAUGAGUAUUCCUCUCAUCAGCAAGGAAUCCUUAAACAGUGGAAAUCUUCAACUCCAUAAACAAGAUGAACCAGCUUCGAAACCUGUAAAGUUAACUGGGCCGGGCCAAGGAGAGACAUCACAGCGAUUUUCUUCAGUUGAUGAAGAAACAAAGCUUCAUAAGACUAUGUCUCAAGGAGAGAUUACGAAAUUGUCAGUAAGACAGAAGACUUCAGAUUUGGAUAUAAGACCUCAGAGAGCUAGGAUGAAAUUCUGGGCCAAAGGGAAACAAGGGGAGAAGAAGAUUACCAGAGUGAAACCUGCCACCCAGUCAGAGGUUUCGGCACUCUCUGCUGGCUCAGAUACGUUUCCAGCUCAUCAGUUUUCAGAUGAAUUAGCUCCCUAUCAUCCAACACCUCCUUUGAGCCCAGAAUUGCCUGGUAGUUCCCAGAAGGAAUUCAAAGAGAACAAAGAGCCCUCUCCAAAGGCAAAGCGCAAGCGAAGUGUGAAGAUCAGCAGUGUGGCUUUGGAAUCUAUGCACUGGCAAAAUGACUCUGUCCAGAUCAUAGCAAGUGCCAGUGAUUUAAAAAGCAUGGAUGAAUUUCUUCUGAAAAAGGUGAAUGACUUAGAUAAUGAAGACAGCAAGAAAGACACACUCGUGGAUGUUGUAUUUAAAAAAGCCCUGAAAGAAUUCCGGCAGAAUAUCUUCAGCUUUUAUUCAUCUGCAUUGGCGGUGGAUGAUGGCAAAAGCAUACGAUAUAAAGACCUCUACGCACUGUUUGAGCAGAUUCUGGAAAAGACCAUGAGGCUUGAGCAACGUGAUUGGAGAGAAUCUCCAGUCAGAGUUUGGGUGAACACUUUUAAAGUGUUUUUAGAUGAAUAUAUGAAUGAAUUCAAGACUUUGGAUUGUAUACCCCCAAAGGUGCCAAAAACAGAAAGAAAGAAAAGAAGGAAAAAAGAAACUGAUUUAGUAAGUGAAGAGCACAAUGGUCACAUCUUUAAGGCCACUCAGUAUAGCAUUCCUACAUACUGCGAGUAUUGUUCUUCUUUGAUAUGGAUAAUGGACCGAGCCUCUGUUUGCAAGUUAUGUAAGUAUGCUUGCCAUAAGAAAUGCUGUCUGAAAACCACAGCCAAGUGUUCUAAAAAGUAUGAUCCAGAGCUAUCAUCUCGACAGUUUGGGGUUGAACUGUCCCGUUUGACAAGUGAAGACCGAACUGUUCCUUUAGUGGUGGAAAAGCUCAUAAACUACAUUGAAAUGCAUGGACUGUAUACAGAAGGUAUUUAUCGAAAGUCUGGUUCAACUAAUAAAAUCAAGGAGCUUCGACAAGGUCUAGAUACAGAUGCUGAGAGUGUAAACCUAGAUGACUAUAACAUACAUGUCAUUGCAAGUGUAUUCAAACAAUGGCUUCGUGAUUUGCCCAAUCCACUCAUGACCUUUGAGCUCUAUGAGGAAUUCUUCGAGCUAUGGUCUUAUUUGCUGCUCUUACUGUGUUUAGGUCUUCAGGAGAGGAAAGAGACAAUCCGUGGUGUAUACUCUGUGAUUGACCAGCUCUCUCGAACUCAUCUCAAUACACUGGAACGCCUCAUCUUUCAUUUAGUCAGGAUCGCUCUGCAGGAAAACACUAAUCGAAUGUCUGCUAAUGCUUUGGCCAUUGUGUUUGCACCCUGCAUUCUCCGCUGCCCUGACACCAUAGACCCACUACAAAGCGUGCAGGACAUCAGUAAGACUACCACCUGUGUGGAGCUGAUUGUUGUGGAACAAAUGAAUAAAUAUAAGGCUCGUCUCAAAGACAUCAGUAGCCUGGAAUUUGCUGAGAAUAAGGCAAAGACCAGGUUGUCUCUGAUUCGUAGAUCAAUGGGAAAGGGGCGUCUUCAUCGAGGAAACUAUCCAAGCCCAUCCUCUCCUGUUGCCGUUGGGUUGCCCUCUGUGUCUGAUGUCCCAGAAGAGGCCUUGACUGGCGAUGCAGCCAUGGAGACCGACAUGACGGAGCAGCAGCGUGCGGCCAUGCAGCAGGAGGAGAGAGUGCUAGCUGAGCAGAUUGAGAGCCUACAGAAGGAGAAGGAGGAGCUAACAUUUGAAAUGCUUGUACUGGAACCCCGUGCUUCCGAUGAUGAAACCCUUGAGUCUGAGGCCUCCAUUGGGACUGCCGAUAGCUCAGAAAACUUGAACAUUGAGUCUGAAGGUACAGUCUCUGAGAAAUCAGAGAGAAGCUUAACCCUUAGCACCCUGAAGACAGCUGGCAAGUCUGAACCUUCUGGCAAGUUGAGAAAGCAGCUAAAAAAGCAGCACGACUCUUUGGAUUCAGUGGACUCUUCGGUAUCGUCUUUUUGUUCAUCUAACACUGCAUCUUCUCAUGGGACCAGAAAACGAUUCCAGAUUUAUUCCAAAUCUCCAUUCUACCGAGCUGCCUCUGCUGGGGAGGCCAUGGGAGUGGAGGGGCCAUUGGGCCAGACCAAAACCCUGGAAGACAAGCCUCAGUUCAUCAGCAGAGGAACCUUCAACCCUGAAAAGGGCAAACAAAAAUUAAAGAAUGUGAAAAGCUCACCUCAGAAAACCAAAGAGACCCCAGAGGGGACGGCGGUGUCUGGCCGCAGGAAAACUGUGGACCUGGACUGCAGCUCCACCCAACAGCCAGCUCUCUUUGGAAGUAAUGAGAGUUUAUGGUCUGAACUGGCAGACGUGUGUCCCUUCCUUCAUGGCCGCAGAGUGGUAAACACAUCUCAUCUUUGGGGUCCCUUCUUUCUCGUCACCCUCGUCCACGAUACCCACCCUAAAUGAGGUCCUGCCUCUUGCCCAAGCAUACCAGUGAGACCUUGCGUGCUGAGUCCCUGGGCCUCAUGGGGAAGUGGAAAGGCCUCUCUGAAGCCUGCCGGGGAUGGAGCCGGCUGUGCCUUGGCUGCUGUGUUAGACUAGAGAUUCCAGUAACGAAGCCCCUGGGCUCAGGCCCCAGGAUUUGGGUCAGUUGUGGAGGCCUGUGUAGUCACCUCUCUUCUGUCCUCUUUUCCCUUUCCAGAGGUGGGUGUGGAACUGGGGCACACAUUGUGGGCCUGAAGGACCCACUGAUUUCUGACAUGAAGAAAACAUAUAAAUCUUUCUUAACCAUGAAAGCAAAAGCGGUUGGGUUUAUUUUGGGAUAGUGAGGAGCUGGGGUAGAAUAUACUUCUUUUCCAAGAAUUUAUAAACAAAGAGCCUGAGCCUUCUAUUUUAAGAUGUUUGAAAAAUACUUCAUGUUCUAUUCUGGGGAAAGUGAAAAAGCAGUUGUUUCCAUCAGAGCUCGUUCUCAGACCUCUGGUUACACAAUGAAGAAGAGAGUACAUGUUUUGUUCUUUGGUGAUGUUUGAUGUAAUAAUAAUCGAUGCUGGUUUAACUCCUCAUUAGUUUCUGCCAAAUAUAUCGCAUGGGCUGAAGUUUCAGUAGCCACACUGUUCUUGUACUCCCUGGUCCCAGGGUCAGGUUUCUCCUUUUUUUCCAAAUGUCCCAGAGAUAGGGUGAUCUCUAAACAUGAGGGUUUCACCCUAAUCCAACCAGGCUUUUCUCUUUGUAUAGAUUAAACUGAAGAUCACAUAUCCAGCUGCUGGUAGAUUUCAACCACAAACUCAAGACAAAUGAAUUGACCAUUUAAUCACUUCUCCCAAAGCACUCACACACAAUACUGCAUGAACACGUGUUACAGAAAGCUGCCAAAAAAUAAGAGAAAAGGUUUUCAGAUGAUCCAUCUACUUUUGUCGUCUUUUCCUCAGACCAUCAGUAUUAGAUUUUUUUAAAUAUCAAGGACUACUUGAAGCUACUUUUGUUAAUAUUCUGGUUACUGAAAUUUAAUGUAAAUAUUUAUGUAUAGUAUGCAUAUUUCUUUUUAACCUUAUGCUUCCCCCCUCCCACAGAAUUUCUUCCCCCAGAUUAGGGAUCAUUGGACAGGGAGGUGAGAGCCACGCAUCCCUGGGUUGAGGGAUAAGUCAGACUAUCUUUCACCACUAGGCGUCUCCAUACGCCUGAGCUAUAAUAGCAUUUUAAGCUUCUUAGCGUCCCGGGGGAUUAGAAAUCUGUUUUUGCUAUUUAUAAUAUAUGGAAAAUGAAACAUGAUACCCUUCUUGACAUAUGUAUGUGAAAAUGUUUAUUUUUAAAGUUACUAAAUGCAUCUUGUCUAACUACCACAUGCACUGUUCUAAAAAAGAGCCUUUACCAUCUGUGACCUGAAUUUUGGUUAUUCAUGCUUCUUUGAUUGGAAAUUAUGGAAGUACUAAGAUUUAUGUCAAGGCAGAGUCUCUCCUGUUACACAACACUGAACCUCAUGCCACUGCUUAAGUGGUUGUUGUCGAGCCCCAGAGCUAAGACUUGGAACAUCGUUCUGAGUGGCAGCUGAAGGUAGCAGGAAGGAGUCUUACCUGUCCUGGGUUUGGGUUCUGAAAUGUGCUGGGGAAAGGAAUCUUUACAAGUCUCCAGAAUGAUGAUAGUGAGUAAAUAUUUCAUUUAAAAUCCUGCAAACAUCUGCCACCUUGCAUGCCGUCCUAAGGAGUAUAAAUGUAAAGCCUUUAAAAAUCUGAAUUUUGGAAAAUCUGGAGGAAAACCCAGUCCCUCAGCAUGGUUGUGUCAAAGUGGGAUUGCUGCUGCCGCAGGCCCUGCCGUCCGCACGUCUGUCUCAGAGUCGCUGGGGGAGCAGGGCUCUGCUGUGCGAGGGCUGCCCUUCCCCUGCUGGGCACCGGUCAGUGCCGCACAGAACGGGGGUCACUCUUGUUGGCUAAUUUCCUUUGGCCCAGAGGAAUGGCCUAGAGAAUACGUCUUGGCAUAUGUUCUCCUUCUAAAUCUUUGUGGGUUCUUCUGUUGUUACUGUUUGCAAAAUAAGUUUUUGGCAGUUGAAAAAACUACUCGUAUAGGACACUUUAUAGAACUCGGCAAUGGAUGUUAAGAGACUUUAUAAUUUUUCUCAGGGACCUGAAACCUGAUUUUGGAUAAAAUUAAAUAAAAAAUACUUGUUUUUCAGUUACUAGAUUUGUGGAUUUCUAGUCAUUUAACAAACUGCCAGAAUGGAGGGUGAUGGGGAGGAGAGAUACACUCAGUGGCAGGGAUGGAGACAAGUGUGGGACUCUCCCUCUGAAGGAAGGAAAGCCAUUUUUCGUGGGAUAAUAGGUACUAUUGACCUGAGAAAGAGAUGACACCAUAACUCUUAAAAACUGUCAGAGUCAAGUGCUGUAUCUCCUGCCAUUUGAUCUUCAUUGAUUCUCUUCCUGGCACAGGCUAUGUCGCCACAAAGUGAGGAGGCUGCAUGCAUUGCAGUCACUCACGACUGAGCUCUUUAACCUCAGUGUGUGUUGCAUCUGUAUUUCCACUGCUUCUCCUUUGCCUGUUUUCUUUGAUCUCAGAAAAAACGCCUGUACAGCAGCAGCUGGGCAGCCCCACACUUGGAGCUCAUCUUCCAAAAUCAAGUACAUUCUGUUCCUAGCACACCUUCCCAGUCCCAGACAAAGCCUGGAUUUCAGUCCUCCUGCUUUAAAGCCAACACGUCCCUUAUCAUGAAAAAUGUGAUCAGCAGAGAAGUCUAAUUCGGGAUCACAAUGGGUAUCACAAAGUGAAGCAAAUUACUUUAACGGCAGAUACAGGGAGGGUUCAGGAAGGUGACAUGCUUAGUUUGUAAUGUACUUUGUACUUCCUGCCAGUUUAAAUGUUUUUGUCACUCUGGGCUUCUGAAAGUGCAAAGGGAGAUACCACCUUUCCUGCAGGAGCCUCGCAGAGGCCGUGGGACCUGAGGUCAGGAAAUGGGAUGCCAGAGCCCCGCCGCCUUCUCACUCUUCAGAAACCAGCCACAGUUCUUCACUAACCUCUGCUGGGAGGCUAGCGGAGACUUCUCUGUUCUAUCAUGAUGGGGUGGUUUUCACUGUCAAAGACGGAGGAUCCCAGAGACUUACUGAAAAGAGGAGGUCCAGCAAGGUGCCACAGGCCCACUUCAGUGCCUGUGGGUCUUGUUUUUUUAAA